CUCUUAUCAGCACGAAAUGCAAAACAUUCAAUGAACGGUAAUCAGAUUACACUAUGAUAUGUUCUUUACUGCGUAAUGAAUUGCUUUUCCAUUAGGAAAUGGAAGUGAAACUAUUUAUGCUCCUCGUUUUGAUCUAUACCAGUCGUUCAACUGAUGCCAUUUGCCAGGAUGCCAGUACCUCCGGUGGGACUACGCAUUUCCCCCAUCCAACGAAUUGUGCAAAAUUCGUGGUUUGCAAUUGGGGUCAACCAACGGUGCAUGACUGUCCGGCCGGAACUUUAUGGAACGAUUUUGUAAAAACCUGUGAUCAUGCUAGAAAUGUGAAAUGUAGGCGUCCACUAGUGCACAACACUGCUGUCGUUGUAGGAAAUCAUCGGAACCCAAACUGUCCCAGAGUGAUAGAUUUGCACAGGCCAGUUUAUGUACCUCACCACGAUUGCACUAAGUUUUAUUUAUGUACGGCUGCGGGACCCCGAGAGAUGGUGUGCGAUUCAGGUUAUAACUGGAAUAAAAAUACGAAACGUUGCGAAUGGCCUGGAUCAACGGGCGUUAUUCCAACUUCUUUCAUUCGCACGCCUCCACCUCCACCUGCACCAGUGUUGACAACAACUAAACCUUCGACAACAACUCCAGAAAUGCCACGAAGUGGUUGUCCAACAACAAUUGCACCGAACAAACCUGUAUAUCUACCACACCCAGACUGUUCCAUGUUCUACAUGUGUACGUCAAAAGGUCCCAAGGAAUUACAUUGUAUCUCCGGAUAUCACUGGAGUGUAUCGACAAAUAGCUGUGAAUUUCCUUGGGACGCUGGUUGCAUUGAUAUCAACGCAAGUCCUUCAUCUUCAACAACUACAGCAGCAGCACCAACUCAUCAAACGCCAACUCAAGCACCACCGAAUGAGUCCUGUCCGGGCCAACUUGCUCCCAACAGUCCAGUCUUUCUACCGCAUCCCGAUCAGACCAAAAUCUACAUUUGCAUAUCCGGAGUAGGCCGCAUGGAAUUGAGUUGCCCCAAAGGUCUACGGUGGAAUGAAAAGGGUAUCUGCAUUCCGAUGGAGGGCACAAGUACCACCACCAGCCCACCGCUGAGAAGCACCACACCGAUGGUGGUAAAUCGAAGGACUACAACUGCCAGUGGUCGUACGGUAAAUGCUACAAAAGAAUCUACAGAGCCCGAUGAAGCCUUCGGGACGGAUGUGCCCAUAUUUGGGUGAAGGAAUAUAUGAGAGGCCUUGGAUGCGGGGACUUGUUUUAUAAGUAUGAUAUCACAGACAAACAGACGUAACUCUAAGAAAAAAUCCAUCAAAAACUUUUGUCCGGUGUCUUUUUCUGGAGCACACUGCUACCUGUUGGUAGAACCGUGCGAGACACUGUCGGCCAUAAUGGAUUUCGAUUUGACGUAUGUUUAACACGCGCACUACUACAAAAAUCGCCUAUAUUUUUCGUUUGAAUCAUUCAGGAAGAUGUACAUUGGCAAACGUCGAAGUGAUCGAACACUAGCGCCUCCGGCGGAAGGACCGCGGAAAUCAAUAGAAAUUUUAGUUGAUCGUUAAAUGCAUGUGCCAAACCGUUUGUAAUGUGAUACGUCUGUUUGUCUGUAAUUAUAUUCAAAUCAUGUCAAUCAAGGUGCACUUUAAAGAGAACUUAAAAAUUCAAAAUGAUGAACUAUUGAACAAAUAAAUAUUCAAGGGGUUCCAUUCUA